AUGGAAGACACGUCCGAGACACGGGACGGGAGCCAUGCGCCGCCAAGUCCAACGCUGGACGUGGAAUGGAAUGCCGACAGUCGCUUCUUGAUGAAUCAUUCGGUCAAGAAUUUCUCAUGGAAUGGCCUGACGGUCACCGUCAAAGAUCGUCAGACCAAACAAGCGAGGGAUCUGAUCAAUGACAUUACCGGCGACGUACAGCAAGGGGAGAUUGUGGCUCUCAUGGGACCGUCGGGAUGCGGCAAAACCACGUUGCUCAACGUGUUGGCUCGACGACCUGCCGCAUCGGGUGCCAAAGUGAUGGGAGACACUUUUGUCAAUGGAACCAAAGUCGACACGGCUGCCUUUGGCCGGAUGACCUCGUACGUCGAGCAGGAGGACGCAUUGAUCGGAUCCUUGACCGUUCGUGAAACAUUGAAGUUCGCAGCGGAUCUUUCCUUGCCCAGCUCGGUCACCAAGCGUCAACGCAUGGAACGUAUCCGAACCCUGCUGGAGUCAUUCGGCAUUCAAAGCCAGGAAAAUACUAUUGUCGGAACACCGAUUCGCAAGGGUAUCAGUGGAGGUCAAAAGCGACGGGUCAGCGUGGCCAGUCAACUCAUCACCUGCCCGAAAAUCCUGUUCCUGGAUGAACCAACAAGUGGAUUGGACUCGACCGCCAGUUAUGAAGUCAUGUCUUACGCCAAAAAGCUCGCUCGAGAGAACAACUUGAUCAUCAUUGCCAGUAUUCACCAACCCUCCACGACUACCUUCGAGCUCUUUGAUAAGCUGCUUCUUCUGUCGGCUGGAAGAACAUGUUACUUUGGGCCGAUCGAUCAUGAACUCGAAACUUACUUCACCCGGAUUGGACACCCGAUUCCCACCCAUACCAACCCAGCAGAAUAUCUCCUCGACAUCGUCAGCUCAGACUUCGGGGGUGCCAAAGAAGAGGCGCGAGACCGUGUGCAUCGCAUCCAGAACGAGUGGAAUUCUUCGGCCGAAGCUCAAGCCAUCUCGAGGCAGGUCAUGGCGCGAUCUCAAGGCUCAGAAAAACAUGAUAGUGUCUUGACACCUGAGGAUAUGGCCCGUCCGAAUGCGAUCAGAAUCACGCAGGCUCUACUGCAUCGACUCUGGAUCAAGAGCUACCGGGAUGUGGUGGCUUACGGUAUUCGAAUUUUGAUGUAUCUUGGGCUUGCGAUCAUGAUGGGCACAGUCUGGCUCCGCCUUCAUCCGUCUCAAGACUACAUUCAGCCUUUUGUGAAUGCCAUUUUCUUCGGCUCGGCAUUCAUGUCCUUUAUGGCUGUGGCCUAUGUCCCAGCUUUCCUCGAAGACCGAGCAACUUUCGUCAAGGAGCGAGCCAACGGUCUCUACGGUCCCACGCCAUUUGUGGUGGCCAAUUUCCUCAUCGGUCUUCCUUAUCUCUUCCUCAUCUCCAUUCUCUUUUCGGUCGUCUCCUACUGGCUUUCAAACUUCCGUCCCAGUGGCACAGCCUUCAUGACCUGGGUCAUGUGGAUUUUCCUGGAUUUGGUAGCCGCCGAGAGUCUUGUGGUGUUCUUUACAUCAAUCUUUCCCAACUUUGUCAUUUCACUGGCACUUGUCGCCUUUGCCAACGGUCUCUGGAUGAGCGUGGGCGGAUUCCUCGUGACACCUACUAUUCUCAACCCAUUCUGGAAAUACGUUUUCCAUUACAUUGACUAUCAGGCGUACGUUUUCCAAGGAAUGAUGGUCAACGAGUUCUCCGGACGAAACUACUCUUGCGGACCUGGCUGUCAUUGCAUGUACCCCUCGGACCUGGCAGACCAAUGUAUGAUCCGGGGUACAGCUGUGCUCUCGCAAUACGGCUAUGCCACGGGACGAACGGGCAAAUGGGUUGGAAUCCUGAUUGGCAUUGUCGCCGUCUACCGACUCUUUGGAUGGAUUGCGCUUGCUUUGCGCCGAACCUGA